AUGGAUUCAACGGACGAUUCGCGCGGCCUCUCUGGCCAAUAUCGCAAUGACCAGAGCACCCUCAACGCCCACGGUAACUCACCAACCACCCCCAACCGCUAUAUCAUCCCACAGCACCGUCGCGAACAGAACCCUAGAAUCGCAAGUGGGCGUGCGAGCACCAAUCUCUCUCCCUAUCCCUCUACCGAUUGCACUCCGGGCAAGCGCGCCUCCGAGCAACAUGCCCAGGAGACCGAGAGGAAGGAUAGCGCGGUGACCACCAGUGACAAGGAUGCUGACGAGGAGGAGAAAGCCAAGGAGGAGGACUGGGUUGGACCCACAGGCGAUGGCGAGGAGAGACGUACUACGGGCACCAUGGAUGACGACGAGGAGGCGACGACCGCCGAUGAAGUGGAGGGCCUACGGGCCGAGCUUGACAAAGCGAGGGCAGAGGUCAACGAACUGGAAGGAUUGAGGGCAGCCGCCGACGCCAACGCAAAGAAAGCCACCGAGGAAGCCCAUAUUAUACGUGCGCAACUCAGCCAGGCGAAGUUGGAAAAUCAAGAAUCACGGCAAGAGCUGGGAAAGACAAGACUGCAGAUCAAGGAGCUUGAGGAGAUGGAAGAAAAAGCCAAGAAUUCCUUUCUGGUCGAGGUGAAUAAGGCGACGGCGGAGCUGGAUAAAAUGAAAUUGGAGCUGCGUGGGACGAAGGCUAUGUUGGAGGAUGCCAAUGAGAAGGUGGAGAAGGCCAAGUCAGAGGCUAAACUAGCAGAGGUAAAGAAGCAAGAACUCCAGGAUCUAUAG